AUGGGAAAUAAUAAUGUCUGCUUAGGAGAAAUACAAAAAAACACAAUUAAUUCUGGAUCUCCAAACACAAGAUGGAAAAGAGAAGAUUUAAAAUCAGGUUCUUGUGUUUAAAGUCUAAUUGAUAAAGAAAAUAAUAAUUUUUUUAAGAUGGUUUAAUGUGGACCAGCAAUACCUUAUUAUCGAAAUGAACAUUCAGCCUAAAGAUGGGGUUAAGCUAUUGCAACAUUAAAUUAGAGAGAUGAUGUUGAGACAACUAUCAAUCUGUUAUAUAGAAAACCUGAAUUUGAAGAACUAGUGCUUCUGGGACCUCCUAAAUAGUAUAGAUGGGCAACUUGGGAGGUUCUUCUAACUAAUGGGUAGGUUUAAUUAUCAUAUGAAAAAUAUUUGGAAUAUAUGCCUAAUGAUAUCAGAAUCAUUCUUAAAGAUAUUGAUAGAACAUUGAUCAAUCAUGCUCUAUUUAAACAUGAGAAUUGUGGUUAAGAAUAGCUUAAGAGAAUUUUAUGUGCAAUAUCUAAUGCAUUACCUGGAGUGGGUUAUUGUUAAGGAAUGAAUUUUGUAUGUGCUUUAACAUUGAUUGUAUCUGGUUGUGAUGAACAUAAGACAUUUUAAUGUUUUAUGUAAAUGUUAACAAAUGAGAAACACUUGUUAUGUUUUAAUUUUUGUAAUGAAAUGCCUUUACAUUAUUUCUUUAUAAAAUUGAUACAUUAUUAGAUUGGUAAGAAGUUUCCAAAAUUAAAUAUAAGAAAGGUGAAUGAUUCACUUUGGAUAAGCAAGAUGAUUUUAUCACUAUUUAUAUAUGUAUUUAAGUUAGAUGAUUGCAUUCGUUGUUGGGAUUAUCUAAUGGUAAGGGGAAUGAUUCGUGGGAUUCCUGAAUUAAUAUUAGGAUUUAUAGAUGUGACAUAUAAAUAAUUAGAAUAGUUUAAAGAGGAAGAUUAUGGAUUUAAUUUUUAAGGUUAUGAAACAAGCAUAAUAUAAUUUAAUGUAGGAGAAUUGAUAUAUGCUGCAAAGUAGAAACAUAAGAUUGAGAGAUAAUUAAUUUCAAGAAUGGCAAAUAAGAUAAGAAAGAGUAAGCCAUCUUAAUUGUUAGAUUUAUUAUGUCAUUUUGAUAACAUACAAACUUAUAAAAAGCAUGUUGACUUUUAUAUGAAGACAAUAUAAGAUUUUAACUGA